AUGGCGGUAGGGAAAAUAUUCCUUCAAACUAAGAAUCCACAGUGGGCUUUCCACUGCCUGUUCUCGGAAUUUUUCUUGGCUAAAGGGCGCCAUGGUAGCAUCGCAUCCGAAGACUUGCUGACAGGUCUCUCUGUCUAUGGUGUCGAUCAGUCCCAGCGUGGAUUGCCAAUCAUCGGACGCAUGCUUUUUGCUGAUCCUUCCUACGUGAUAAUUUUCUUGAUGAACCUCGGACUUCUGUCUGAGUUAUGCUUGACACUUGGCAAAUGGCGAGAAUCGCGAUUGUGGGCUCCUGGAACCAGUAGCUUCGCAGUUGAUGCGGCUAGAUGCAGCUGCCACUACCACCUAAUAAGAUCCAGGAUCCGUACGCAAUGCAACGCAUCUGAGGGGAAGGGGCCAAAAAUCAGAUGGGAAAUCCAAGGGGGAAAAGGCGCUGUACGGAGGAAACAAGGAAGCGUAAUUCUCAGCCGCGCUUUUACACAGCGUGAACCAGGAACCCUCAGAUUAUGCAUGGAGAAGCUGCGUAGUCCAACCAGAUGGGAAGAAUUGCUCUCGACGAUCCCUCUUUUUCAGAAACGACUCAUGCAUGCUUACUUUCUCAACGCCGCAUCAGCCCAGCGAUCCGAUCUCUGGCGGCCCGGCUCUGCUGAGGGGCAAUGUGAUGCAUCUCUCGGGCUAGGUCCCAGGAAUGCAGCAGCAGCAGAAGCUAAGAAAGUGGUGGUGGUCCACGAUCGUCAGCUUCCUUUCACUUGGAGCGUCGUCGCUGAGGGAAUCCCCAUCUUCCGAAGGUCGAAGAGAAUAAAUCCCCGAGCAAAGGGAUUUGGAAUUUUGGAAUUGGCUGCAGCCUUUGCUGUCGAGGGGAAGACGAACAGACAGGGGAUGGGCCCUCGUGACACAGACCGGGGUUGGCAGCAGCAGCAAAAGCAGCAACACUUCGUCGCCGACAAGCCGGUGCGCCCUCCCCGAACAAACCCAAGCAAUACCACGCGACUAAAGAGCGGGUACAGAAUAGUCUAA